AUGGAGCUCAAAACGAUUCUGAUCCUUACCGCGAUCUACAUUGCCGUCCGCAUAUUCCUCAAGACCCGAAACUCUUCAGCACCCAUCAUGUCUCACGGAAAGGUUACCGAGGUUGACAAUGUCGUCAUCUUCAAGGCUCUCACCUCCUCCGGACCUGUCGUCGUCGACUUCUUCGCUACGUGGUGUGGACCCUGCAAGGCUGUUGCCCCCGUCGUCGGCAAACUCAGCGAACAAUACCAGAACGUUCGCUUUAUCCAGGUGGACGUUGACAAGCUGCAGUCCGUCGCGAAGGAGCUCAGCGUGAAUGCCAUGCCCACCUUUGUGGUGUUCAAGGAUGGCAAGGAGGUUGACCGUGUUGUUGGUGGAGAUAUGAAGAAGCUCGAGGCCCAGAUCAAGGCAAUCACUGCAUAG